GGUAAAUUCGAAAGUACGAGGAACGCUGAACGCUUUCGGCUCGUCACUGUUCGUGGUAGCCGUUACGUAAAAUGUAUGCCCUUGUUCGAUACCUGAACACGUUCAAGGGAGGAUUACACACCGUUGCUGUGCGUGACAUACAAAAUUUCCAUCCAAGACAUGAUGCAGAUUUCAACAACAAGACCGUUUAUAAGGUGCCCUGGAAACGCGGUGACAAAUCUGGCGUCUAUCGUGUUCAGGUUCUCAUGAUGGCUGCAAACAAGGCCGAUCUAAUCCUCAAGCAGAAAAACAAGAGAGUGUUGAUGCCGAAGCUAAACACGUCAGCAUGUGACGGAAGUCCGGAAGCGGUGCUAACGGAGAAACAGCUGAAGAGAAAGGAGGAGAAAAGUAGGAGGAAGAACGAAUGUGAAUCAAGGAAGAAAAUGUAUUCGAGCAUUCUGAAAAAACACAUUGCAAAAAUGAAGAGUGAGAACCAGGCAGCUGAUAGCUAUGAUGCUGCAACAGAGCAGGAGCUCUCAGAAUGUGAGGUGGAUGAGACACCAUUUGGAAAUGCAAAUACCAUUGAGACAGCGGUCUUGCAGUGCUCACCACGCACAAAGGGUUGCGCUCAAACUGGGGAGGAGGCUGCUUCUCUGCUGACCAUAUCAAAGGCUGUGGAAGACUGUCAAGGAAAGUGUCGCGUAGUCGGCGGUUAG